AGGAGAUUUCGAUUUUAUUUUUUGGCCGAAUUGCAAGUCGGGGGCUUAGUUCAUUGCUAAUGACGGCAUGUCGGUAACUCGAUAUAAGUGCACACUCGUGUGUGUGUUUGCAUAGUUGGGUGUUUAAGCAUAUUACCCCCAUAUAUACACCCAUAUACAUAUAUAUAGAGAUUUUUCUGUCUGUCGGUUUGUCGGCCCCGUUCGAUUUAUUUGUCCGCGCUCCGCAACAAAGACUCAUAAUAAUCUGUUGGGCCAAUCAAGUAAAAUAUGCGCGAGAUCAGUCAACUACAAUAACAAUAAUAACAAAAGCAAAAUCCAAAAGCAAAUGUAAAGUAAAGCCAUACAGAUCAGAGCAGAAAAAGCAAAGUAAAGCAGCCAGCAGCAGCCAGCAGCAACUGCUGCAACAGCAAUGAAAGUGAAACCGAGCCAGGCCGGCCCGAGAGACUCAGACUCCGACUCAGACUCAGACUCAGUCUUGGCCAAGAGUCUCGGUUCUAGCCAGCAUCAGGUAUAAAAGCUUGAUGGCCGGCUCGCCAGCAACAGUGCAGCGCUGACCAGGAACCCAAUUGGAAGUUUUGAGCUAAGACUCCAUAGUCCAAUUUGGCCAAGGAUUACCAUUAACCGCCCCAACCUACCAACCUACCAACAGCAACCAGCAACACCCACCCACUCACCCACAACAUGUUCUUCAAGCUGUUAUUCGCCUCCUGCUUGGCUCUGGCUCUGGCCAAGCCCCAGCACCCACCUGCUGCCCAGUACCCAGCUGGCGUUAAUCCCCAGGACUGCCCCGGAUUCCCCAUCUGUGAUAAUGCACGUCUGCACAACCCCCAGCCACAGUGGGGCGCCCCGCAGCCCCAGUGGCAGCAACCGCAACCACAGUGGCAGCCACAGCCGCAGCCCCAGUGGCAGCCGCAACCUCAGUGGCAGCAGCCCCAGCCCCAGUGGCAGCCCCAGCCCUCUUGGAACGCGGCUCCGGCUCCCUCCGCUGGCGGGGAUAAGUAUCCGGCUGGCGUCAAUCCCCAGACCUGCCCCAACUAUCCGUACUGCGAUGUGAAUGCCGGACAUGGUGGUGCUCCCGUGGCCGCGCCCCCACUGCCCGGAUGGACGGAGCGUCUGUAUCCCGCUGGAGUGUCACCGCACCAGUGCCCCAACUUCCCCUACUGCCACUAGGAUGACGGUGGUCAUCGUGCGGCUACCCGCAGUUUCCUCUAACGCUUCGCCUCUCCUCCCCAGGUUCUCAAUUAGUGAACAUUAAUUUGAAAUUAUUUGUUGUUGGCGCCGAAUAAAAUGCAAAUGUUGGUCAAAUAA